CUAUCCGUGAUUAGAGAUCCAAGUUCGAAUCUCCUUUUUAUAUCAAAUAUGCUUUCUUUGAUGCAGGACUUUUUUGUCCUUUUCCAUUUAAAUAGGCACGUGUAUGCUCUUAAAAUAAUAGGAUCCACUUCAUACUAUUUUUUAUUCCUUUCUUUUUUGUAGUUCAUUGUCAGGAGACUUUUCUUCUCCUUAAUAGGACCCGCUUCAUAUUUUUUAUUCCUUUUUUUGUACUUCAUUGUCUUAUAGGAGACUUUUCUUAUCCUUUUCAAAUACUCAUAAAAGAAACAUUAUUAUUUAAAGAAACAAAAAACUUCUCACUUUUGAGAAGGUUGAAACAUCAGUACAAAGUUAGGGUUCCAACAUAUCAAAAGCUUUUCUUCAGUGCUUCUUGGAUUUUAUAAUCUCCAUCAAAAAAUCAAACAAGUGUGUCUUCUCUUCUUUCAGCUUGGUUCCAAGUCAGAAGCUUCAAGCAAACUCUUCUUUGAUUUGCUGGUUAUUCAAACUCCUUCAAGUUCUGGUUUAAGCUCUCAUGUGCCAAAUUCUUCUUCGUGUCCAGUUGUUCAUGACAAAGAUAAAGUGUUGGAUUUGGAUCUUCUUAAACCUGAUCCUGGUGAAAGAAAGCAAAUCUCACAAUAUUCUUAAAAUGAACAUGACCGAAUAAGGAGACAUUAUAUUCAAAAAGGACCAUGCCAACCUCGUGAUCAUACAUUCCCAAAGAGAGAAUUUGGUGGACUAAUGCGUCAAUUUAAUCCUGACUGGUUGGGUGCUUCGUAUUCGGAAUGGUUAGAAUGUAGUGUUAAAGUUGAUGCGGGCUUUUGUUUAUGUUGCUACUUGUUUAAAAAUGAACAUGGAAGAGUUGGGGAUUCUUUUACAAAACGUGGUUUUAGAGCUUGGAAUAAAGGUAUAGAAAGGCUUAAUAGACAUAUUGGUGAUGUGAAUAGUCUUCACAAUCGGUGUUUCAAGAAGAUGAGAGACUUAAAGAAUCAAGAACAAUCGAUUCUAACUUCUUUUGACAAGCAUAAUGAGAAAGAUAAAAAUAAUUAUCGUGUUCGGUUGGAUGCUUCGAUUGAUGUGACAAGAUUUCUUUUGAAACAAAGAAUGCCUUUCCGGGGCGACGAUGAAGGUGAAACUUCUACAAAAAGGGGAAAUUUUCUAGAACUUUUUAAAUGGUAUGCAAAUAGGCAUGAUGAAGUGAACAAAGUUGUACUAGAAAUGGCUCCACAAAAUAACAUGAUAAUUGCUCCAAGUAUCCAAAAGGAGACCGUGAAUGCUUGUGCAAAAGAAACAAUGAAAGCAAUUGUUGAAAAUUUAGAUGGAGAUUACUUUGGCAUAUUGGUUGAUGAAUCUAAGGAUGUUUCUCAUAAGGAACAAAUGUCUCUUGUUCUUAGAUAUGUCAACAAAGAAGGCACACUUAUUGAACGAUUCCUUAGUGUUGUUCAUGUUAAAGAUACAACUGCAAUAGCAUUGAAAGAUGUUAAUUAUUCUUUGCUUUUAGAGCAUUCAUUGAGUCCAUCUCAAAUACGGGGACAAGGUUAUGAUGGAGCUAGUAACAUGCAAGGAAAAAUCAAUGGUCUUAAAACUCUAGUUUUGGAAGACACUCCUUCAGCUUAUUGCAAACAUUGUUUUGCUCAUCAGUUGCAAUUGACUCUUGUAGUUAUUGCAAAGAAGCACUAUGAUGUAGAUCGAUUUUUGAUAUUGUUGCUAAUGUCUUGAAUAUUGUUGGAGGUUCUUUUAAGCGCAGGGAGAUUCUUCGAGAAGAUCAAGCAAAAAAAAUAGAGGAAUUACUAGUGCUUGGUGAAGUUCAUACGGGAAGUGGACUAAAUCAAGAACUUGGGCUUCAAAGGCCAGGUGACACCCGUUGGGGAUCUCACUUUAAAACAGUACGUAAUUUUAUUGCAUUAUUCUCAUCAAUUGUUCAUGUGCUUGAAGUAAUUGGAAGUGAGGGUACAACUUAUCUAGAGAGAUCCAAGGCAAAAAGUCUAGUGAAUGAUAUAAGAUCUUUUGAGUUUGUGCAUAUGUUGCAAUUGAUGUUGAAAGUGUUGGCAAUUACAAAUGAUUUGAAUAUGACUUUGCAAAGAAAAUAUCAAGAUAUUGUGAAUGCUAUGAAGCUCGUUCGUUUUGCCAAGAGGCAACUACAAUCGAUGAGAUAGUGUAAAUGAGAAUCUUUGAUUGAAGAUGUCUCUUCAUUUUGUGUGAAGCAUGAUAUUCUAAUUCCUGAAAUGGAUAAGAACUAUCUAUAUUGGAAAGUCAAAGUGUAAGAGUUCAACUGUCACAUAUUCUCAUCAUUUGCAUAUAGAAGUCUUUAAUGCUGUUAUUGAUUUGCAACUUGCGAAGCUUAAUAGUCGUUUUGAUGCAGUGAAUAGUGAUUUGCUUCUAGGUAUGGCUAGUUUGAGUCCAGAUAAUUCUUUUGCAAAUUAUUAUAAAGACAAAAUUAUGAAACUUGGUACACUUUAUCGUGAUGAGUUUAGUGUUUCCAAGCUUGAAGAUCUCAGUUACGAGCUUGACAACUAUAUUCUCUUUGUGAGAGAAGAUAGUGAUUUGUCUAACUUGAAAGGAAUUCGAGAUCUUUCAGAAACAUUUGUUGAAACAAAUCUGCACAAGACUUGAAGACUUGUUUAUUUGCUUCUGAAGUGAAGCUUGAUAUUGCCUGUGGUACUGCAACGGUAGAAAGAGCUUUUUCUUCAAUGAAGUACAUCAAAAAUGACUUGCGAAGCAGAAUUGGUGCUGAAUUUCUUAAUGAUUGUUUAGUUUGUUAUAUAGAAGAUGAAGUAUUUGAAAGUGUACCAAAUGAUGCGAUCAUUGAUCGUUUUCAAAACAUGACAAGUCGUCGGGGACAAUUGUAAUGGUGAUAUUUACUAAAUAUAUGUAUCUCUUUUGCAUGUU